GCGUCUGCGCAUUGGUACACCGUGGACUUCCGACUUGGAGAGGCAGACCUGAAGCUAGCGAAGGGCGAGUAUAUCUACUCGCACAUUGCGGGCCCACCGCACUCCUUCCGCUUCCGCCUUUCCGUCUACCCGCGAGGGCAUGGCGACUUUGAGGCGAUCAGCAUCAGCGCCUACAUCGAGAUUCUUCCGCCUCCAGACCUGGCGACCAGCGACUGGGCAUGCAAGGCCCGAUUCGAGAUCUCCAUGCUGUACGAAUACCUCGACGAGCUUUGGAACUUUCGCCGUGAAGGCGGCGUCUUCAUCUUCACCAACAAGGUCUCCGACCAAGGCUGGUGUAACUUUCUAAGCCUGGACAGAAUCGCACGCGAACCCGGCUGGCUCAAGGCCGGAUGUCUUCGCUUGCAGG